AAGGAAAAAAAAAAUAAGUAAGCAGAACCAACAACUCAAGCACGUGGAGAACCAAGUUCUUGUCUCAGUUGUGCUCUCACUGCCAUCAAAUAAUUUACAAACAUUAAAAAUUAUAAAAAAUAUAAAUGUUAAUAAAUGUUAUUAUGUGAUAAAAAUAAAAUAGAUAAAUAACAUAGAUAAAUUAAUUAAUUAAAAUAGUAAGUGAAAAUUAAAAAAUUAACAAAAUCAUGAUGAGUGGACAUACUGGUAUCCUGGUGAGUUUAUUGAUCUUCUUUGAGCUGACCUCGAGAAAUACUCUUGCAAUAAACACCAAUCAAACAACAUUAAAUCCUUUUCGAUCUUGGAUUCAUCAUAACCAUCACCAUCAUCAUCAUCAUCAACAACAAGAACAACAGCAUCAAAAUUCGUUACAUCAACGACCACGAGUACUUCAUGAUUCUCUUAUAAAUUCAAACAACAAAAAUGAUGAACAUUUACAUAAAAAAAUUGAAAGUAUUGAUUUACAUCGUGAUGUUAUGACUGAUCAAUUUAAUUUAACGAAAAUUAUUGGAUACACUGGUAACAGAGGAGUAUCAUUAUACGAUGAUCAAAAAAAAAUUAAUGGUAAUUUUAUUGGAUUUCCUCUGAUGACAACAACAACAACAACAACAACACCAUCCUACAACAAAUUUCAUCCUGGAAGGAGAGUUUGUACUCGACAGAUACCAACGUCUAUCAACCAUCAUGUUGACCAUGAAAUAAGAUUUGUUUAUACGGAAGUGUCAUCGUCUAGUUACAUUUGUUGUCCAGGCUGGAGUCAAGUAACACGAACAAGCUACGGUUGCAACAGACCCACCUGUCCAGCACCAUGCCACAAUGGAGGAGUUUGUGGUCCACAUGGAAAAUGCAAUUGUCCAAAAGGUUUUACUGGCAGUCAGUGUCAAAUGGAUGUGGAUGAGUGUGUAAUGGAAAAACCAUGUGCACAAAUAUGUAGAAACUUACCUGGAAGUUAUGAAUGUCAGUGCAGAUAUGGCUUUCAUCUGCAACCAGAUGGACAAUCAUGCAGAAAAAAUAACAGUGAUGGCACUGCAUUUGAAGCACGAGACUUGGAAAAUGACUAUGGCAUCACAACGAGCACAAAGAGACCCGGUGAAAUAAAACCACAUGAUACAGAGAAUGAAGUUAGUGAUGGUGAACUCGAUAAAGACUACGAUGUCAUACUGAAGAGACUAUUAAAACUUGAAAAACAAUUUGCACGUGGAAAAAAACGUGAAACCGAGACAGUUGAAUUAACAACAAAAGUUAAUGAAGCUGUUGAGGGUGUUGCUGAAUUAAAAUUAGCAGCUAAAAAUGCAUUACAUUUUUUAAUGGAAACAUUUGGUCCAGUUAGACAAGAAGUUUAUAAUUUAAAAAAUAAAUAUGAUCUUGAACAUAGACGAGUAGAUUAUUUGGUGCAAAGAGUUGCUGAACUUGAUAACAAAGUCAGCCAACAAAAACCACUUGGAACCAUCAGUGGAUAAUAUUAACCUAUUUAAGCCUCAAUACUUUUGGCUUACUUUCAAUAUCAUUAAAAUAAUUCAAUUUAAUUAUAGAAUAGAAAGAAAAAUAAAUAACAGGAUUGAUCUACUUAGACAAUGCAAAUGUGCUUGAUAAUUUCGAUUAAUUAAAAAAUCACAAUUAUUGAUAAUAAAACAAGAAGCCAUAACUGCCAUAUUUUUUUAUCAAGUAGAAGAAUAAAAAAAAACAAAAUAAUAAUCAAUAAAAUCCUAUUACUUUUAUAACUUAGACUAAGAUAAUUUUACUAGUAUCUAAAAUAAAAUGACGACG